AGCAUCUUAGUGGUGGUUACCGAAGUUAGUAAUAAUUUGAGGCGGCAUCUUCCGGUCAGUGCGGUAUUGGAGUGGAAGCGUGUGUGUUUAUAAUUUUACAGACUAUUUAGUUUAGCGUAGGUGUUAUAAAGAAAAUAUCGGUUAUUUCAGAAUGAUUGAGGUUGUGUGCAAUGAUCGCCUGGGAAAGAAAGUCCGGGUCAAGUGCAAUUCGGAGGACACCAUCGGUGACCUGAAGAAGCUCAUAUCUGCACAGACUGGAACCAGAUGGGACAAGAUUGUCCUGAAGAAAUGGUAUACGAUAUUUAAGGACCACGUGUCAUUAGGGGACUAUGAAAUCCACGAUGGGAUGAACUUGGAGUUAUAUUACCAGUAGACCUACAGAACCACUGCUGUGUAUCGCUUUCCUUUCACCAACCGUACAAACUGGACAAGCUGAAAUCCGAGUGUAUCGCUUUAUAUUUGAUAAUACCGAAACAAUAUUGUAAAUUGGGCAGCUUUUUUCCUCCAUUUUUUUUAAUUAAUAUGUUGUAGCCUAGCAACACUCUUGGUUUUGAUUUUGUUUUCAAAUAAAAUCUGAUAAAUAA